AUAUGUUCAUUAUGUUAGAACACAUUUUAUAAAUGAAACCAGAUUGUAAGACCUCAGAUCAUAAAAUUAAUAAUAGAAAUAAUAGUUUAAAAAAUAUAAAUAAGCUACCCAAACUAACCGACCUCACGAAGUUGGUCGUGCCAUCUAUACCAAAUUACAAUGAAUUGUCAGUAUUAUAUAAGGAACUUGAGAGAUCCCUUACAGAGAUUAUAGAUUUAAAAAAUAAGUACAAGGAAGAACUUACAAAACAGCCAGAUUUUAUGGGUAAAUUAAAAGAAACUUUAAUAUCUGAGCCUCUAUUUGAAAAUUUAAAUGAUUACCAUUCCAUUCCCUCAUCAUCUGGUAUUUAUAAUGAAGAUUCAAAUUUUAGUUUAGAUUCAAAUAUUAAUGGCUCUCUAAACUCUUCUCAAUUUACAAAUGAGUAUUACAAAAGUCAAAAAAUAAAAAAGAAUAUACCAUAUAAAAAUAAAAAACAUAAAAGUUAUAAAAACACCAAAGAAGUUUCUGAGAAUGUUGAUCAUAUUAAUCUUGAUCAUAAUGCUGAUAUUCCAACUAAUUUCUGGAACAAAAUUGAGGAAUUUUUUACUGAUAUUAAUGAGUCACACAUAAACAAUAUACAAUCAUUGAUACCAGAUUCCUAUCAAAAGGCAGUUGAACAAUUAAAUGAACUUAAAUUGCCAAAAUUAACCAAGCAAAAUAAUGUGAAAAAAUGUUCCAAACAUAAAAAAUGCCUUACUGCACUAUGUUCGAAAUGCGAAAUUGUUUAUAUGAACCCCUUAGAAUCUAAUAGAGUAAACUAUGGUGAAAAUGACAGGAUUAAAGCUGAAGAAUCUCUUAUGGAUCUUGAUAGCGAAAAUUUUGGAGAUGGUUCACCGUUUCGCCUCAUGACCAAAGGUUUGGUUAAUUCCCUCUUGCAAAGGCAACCAUCAUUUUUAAUCGAUUCCGAAAAUACUGAUCUCGAUAAAUUAUUUCAACAAUGCCCAGGUGACAGUGACGAGGAAGAUUUGCUAAAAUUUGACCAUUCCCGGACUUCUCAAGCGAAUCAUAAGUCUGAAACGAUUGAACCUCAAGCUGACUUGUAUCCUAAUUUCGCUCAAUUAUUUACCGCCGACGUCCCUUUAUCCCAUCCUAAAGAAACUCGUAUAAAUUCCCUUAUAUCCGCAUUAAUUACUCGUGGACAACACGCAACCACAGAGCAUACCGCGUUACUGCAAAUCGAAACUAUAGACGAAGAGCUCAAGGAAUUGUUCAAAAAAUACAGAAAAGCCAAGCUAAAGCGGAAAGAAUUGGCGGAAAAAGAUACCGAACAAAUACUCUCAUGUUUGUCCCGCAGACAAACAAUAUGCCAAUCUAUGGAAAUAUAGCUUCAAUCGCAAUUUACCUUUUUUAUUAACAUUUUGAAGUGAAUAGGCAUUUUCUCUAAAGUUUUUUAUAGAAAUCAAGUAUUAUUUAAACUUCACAUUUUUUAAAAACUUAUUUAAUUUUUUUAAAGGUAUCUUAACAUAUGUUUUUCUUUUUUUCUUUUACAUUGCAAAAAAAUAUUAUAUCUUUAAAUUUUUUGGAGGUAUAAUUGAUAAAUAGGAUCUGCGCAUUUUAAUGUUUGAUAUCUUUAAAAAAAAAUUAGGCAAUACAGUCUUUAAGAU